AUGAAGGACCAAGAGUUUACUCAAGACACAGAUAGUAAAUAUGUAAAACCUGCUGCAAAAGGUUCAACGACACUGAAAGAGUUUUCAAAUGCAAUGCCCAUGGCCAUUCCACGUCGUGCCGGUGCUGGUGGAAAUGGGGAUUUCAAUGAAAACUUUAAAUGUGCGUUGAAGAAUGCAAGAAUGGAAUCUGAAGUUUCCGAAAACCUUCCAAACAUUCAGCCGAAAGUUUGGAUGUCUUUUGUGAGUGAGGGUCCAACUCCCAGAGUUGGUGACCAAAUCAGGGCACGUGAUACGGUUGAAAUUGUUGAUGCUUGUGAAACGAUGAGAGACAUUGAAGUUAUGGUAACUGCAACGACGUCGUUGCUAAGUACAGCUGAAAGUGAUCUGGAAUCGACAAAGACAACUCAGCAGCCAAAUGACACUGAUGGGGAUUACGCCUUGCUUCAUAUAAUAACAGGUGACGCUGUCCAGAGGGGUGUGUCUACAGAACUCAGGAAGAAUGUUUUCAGAAUACUGAGUGGACUAUACGGCAUAUUCUUGGUCAUGCUUGGUGCAGUGUUACCCAUAGCAGAAACAUUCGUAGAUUCUCGUCGCCCAUAUUUCUUUGAGGCGUUCUAUGUCUACCUGUACUGCACCAGCAUGGGAUUCCUUCUGUAUGUCUACCUCUACCUUCUGCGCAGGCGCAGACGUAGCAUUCGAGAUUUCGUGCGGAACUUCUCUCGCAACUUCCGCCUCAACGUAGAUGACCAUUCCCGACAAAGACGUAGGAAAGUAGCAUUUGAUGACAGCACAACUAGUCGUCACACCGGUAGCUUUUAUCUGAGGCUCGGUGCAGUAGGCUUUGGCAUUGGCAGCAUGAUUCACAGUGGACUGACCAUAGGUCACUAUUUCGAGAUAACGCACUACCAUGACUCGUGCAGUGACGUCAUCCAAGCCAUUAAGCCCGUGGCCAAACUCGCAUUUACCUUCGUACAGCUGUACUUCCUGUUCAUCAACUCCAAGAUGUGCAUCUACCGCUACAAGGUUCUGGCACAGUUUGGACUCAUGCACAUGUGUGGCACCAACAUAUGUGUCUGGCUCAGGAGCAUUGUCGUGGAAACGUUGCACGUGACACAGAAGUGGGAGAUGCGCCAGGCCCUCGAUCAGCAACAGACUCGGGUGGGUUCUACUCCUCUCAGUAUGAGACACACGGACAGCUCUGCCAUCACAGGUGCAGCAGAAAGGGCGGGGUCGUUCUUGCCUGAAUUAAGCUGUCACUGGGAUGCCAUGAUGGGGAAAGUCGUUGAGCAGGCCGCCUACUACCUGUACCCUUGUACCAUUGAAUACAGCCUCAUCUCCGCAGGUAUAUUGUACCUGAUGUGGAAGAAUGUCGGCAGUGACCAUACACACAGACCCCAGGAGACCGAUGAGGAACACGAACUACACCGUAUGAGCGUCGACUGUGCUGGGUCCAGCAGGGGUCUCUUCUGCGGACUUCUCGUCCUUGUGUUCGCCGUCAUCUGUCUCGUCGCCUUCUAUGUUUUCCUGGGGGAGGAACAUCUCGGCUCUAUCGCCUCCCUUGUCGGGCACCUGUCAGAAACGUCGAUAUAUAUCGUAGCCACUGCGGCUCUAGGUAUUGGAAGUUACCGUAUGAAAGGCAUGCAUUUCGACCGUCAAGGACACCGCGGCCUUGAACAAACGCUACUCUUGAUCAGUUUAAGUGGGUUAAUGCUCUAUUCCACGUUCAGUAUUGUAUCUGCCAUGUUUCACUAUGGUACUCUGGAGGGUUGUCUCACUAUCGUUACCAAUUCUAUCAUGGUGUUCCAAGCAUCCACACAGGCGUUGUUCAUCAUUGUCGGGCUGCGCAUGACGGUUGCUAAUGCACACCAGGUUCGGGCCAAACCAGGAAGAGAAUGUAUCACCUUUCUGUUGAUAAGUAAUUUUGCUAUGUUUGGAAUUAAUGUCUUUGAGACACAGAAGAUGGAACACAACCCCCUCCAGGUGGCUCUUUAUGGAACCAAGGCGUGGUCAAUCUUCACUCACGUGUCCGUUCCCCUUGGCAUAUUCUACCGGUUUCACUCAACAGUGUGUCUGUCUAACAUAUGGAAGCAGGCAUGGAAGAGGGAGCUGUCAAACUGA